AUGGCCUUCUUCUUGAGGCCCUUGGGCGGCGGAGGAGAGUGGUCGGAGGAUGAGGCAGAGCGGCGUCGCCGGCAUGCGCACCGGGAGACGAGGGCAAGGCCGAGGACGCAGACUAGCGCGCACAGGAGCGACGCCAGGAUAACCACCAUGUCCGAGUUCACCGCCAUCACCGGCGCCGUCUGCUCCUGCUGCUGA